UCCACCAGUCAAUCCGUGAACGUCUCUGUGCGAGGUCGCAGAGGUUCUCGAUCCCGCUCAACAACGUCCAGUGACAUGAACAUUAAUUGAGAUUCGUGCAGAUUUUAUAAUUAGUUUUUAAUGUACCAUAGUUAGGUGAUACAAUCCAUUCGUACGAGCGAAAGGACCACAAAGGAUUGUUGAAAUAUGAUGUCAGAGAUAACCCCGUCAACGAAGAUGAUUCGUAGGUUCUUCGGAUUGAUUCUUCUCGUGUGCGCGUGCAUGCGAGUCUACGGCACGAAAAAGUGCGAGGGCAAUGGUUUGGCCCUGAAGUACGUCUGGGGAGAUGCACUGACGGACCCAACCGAUUGCAUAGGACCCAACAAUCUUCAGUAUCCUGCGGCUGCCAUAUCGCGCUCCUUCAAGAACUUCGGACUCGGAAGCAGUCGGUCUGCUCGAUCCUAUCAGCCGCGGACGAUUGAUCCCGAAUUAACGAGACAAGCGCUUCUGCACAAUUACAAGGCUGCACAGGGCGAUUACUCGAUCGCUGCUUCCAACUCUCGAGAUGGACGAGCUUUUACGUCUAAGGAGACUUGCGGCUCUCCGGCCCGAUUGUGCAAGACCAGGUACAACACGACGGCUCCGAUGUACGGCGUCAGUCUAACCAGCGGACAACCAGUGACCAUCGUUCAAAAGUUUCCUGAUCUCCUACAGCAGGUCGUCUUUGAAGUUUGCGAAUCGAAGGAAUGCGACGUAGUGCACGGAGAGUGUACGCAAACCUACGUGCCUUAUCUCUUUUUAGUAAUUCCUUUAGGACCCGUUACCUUGACUGGGCAAGAUUACGUGCUCGUUGAAAGUGGAUGCGUUUGUAAACCGAAGAAUUCGGCGAGCGCAAAUUCCGAUGUGCCGGUCGUCCCUAGCUUUUAAAGGGGACGAGCAUGAUUCUUUUGACAUUAAUAAGCAAGAUUAAAAAGGAGCAUGAAGUCAGUAUCCAUUAUUAAUUCUUUUGACUUCUAUAUUUAGAAAAAAAAAAUUCUCAAAAGAAUAAUCACGGCGGUAAAGUUUACCGCGUUGAUCGAGAGCGACCCGAUGCUCGUCCUAACGUUCCUGCGGUGAGUCCAAAAACGAGGAUGCAAUGGCAAAGAGAAAAAAGAAAAAAAGCCUAAAGUGUUUCGUAGAAUCUGGUCUCGGAAUUGAAUUAUGGAUCAUUGAACACAGGCGAUGCAGUCGUUCGCGGAAAUCGAUAUCCAACUGAAAAUUGACUUCGUUUCAAAGUAGUCUUCGAGAAAGAGAACUCGAAGACAUAUUGGACUAAAUGGCUAGGGACAGAGGGGAUCAAUUCUUUAUUAGGACAUAAUUAUUAAAUCAUCCGAGACUUAUUAGUUCGAUCACUUAACCGCCAUUUAGUCGUUGUUAUACGAGGCAACAGUCAGUAUACUUGUAUGACUGGUGCAUCUUAACUUGAUACGCGAAAAGAGAUAACGAAAGGCAUUCUCGUAAUUCAUAGAAUACCACACGAUGGAGCUAGUCUCGUUUUCCAGACAAUCGUUCAGACUUUGGGGCAGUAGCUUCCCACAUUUCAAACAUUCGAAUGGUAGGAACAUUACAUCUCGUAUGGUAACGAUAAAACGUGAAAAUAAUGAGCGACAUAACCUUACUACUCUUGGUAAACUCGAGCCAUCUGUUGAAGCUCCAAAUAUGUAGAGAAAAAUUGCACACUUAACAAAUUACAUAGCUGCGCAUUUUAGGACGUUAGGAAAUAUCGAGCCAUUAAGAAUUCUUAUUAGAAGCUGAGCCUUCGCACCAACAUUAUCGCCUGUGGAAAACUGGUUGUCCAGCUUCUCCAGGUCUCGAAAGUACCGACUCGCUCUGCUGCUGAGCCGUCUACUGAGAACCGGACUGAAGGAUAAGUAGCCGGACGCUGCGCGCAGCAGGAACGAAAAGCCCGUUGGCCAGGAGAAGGGUCGGACGGACGGCCGCUGACUGCGCUGACCGAAUGGAUCAUACUGUGAAUACCGAUGAGCCGAACGUACCGUUACGUUUCUCCCGGCUCCCCCCGGAUCCUCUACGUUGCAGUACACACCCGCCCUGCUAUUUUUGUAUGUGGAAAUCUCAACAAUAAUUGGGCACAUCAAGACGAGCAUGGUAAAGACGUCGCCCGAUUUCUCUCAUCAUUUUCAAUUUUGUACACGGCUCAACAAUUCUAAAUCUAGCUUGCACAGAAUGUAAAGGCAGCUCUCUGUUCCGCCACCUCUUUGUCUGCAACAUAAUACCUGUGUAAUUAUAAUUUAGGUUAUUUCCAACUGCUGUAGCUAUUAUUAAUUUAUUAUAGAUUACGUACACUGUA